ACGUACGACGUCAGAAGCAUACAACUUACAACACAAGGAUUCAAAAGCGUGCUAAACCUCCCAAGAAACUUUAUUUAUUUACAAAGUAACUUUUUAAUGGAACUGAAGAUACAUAGUGGAAACUUCUGUGGAGAAAUUUGAGCCCAUAUAUUGACAGUCAACCCAAUGUUUGAGUGGUAAAGCAGUGAUGUAGACAUUUACUGCAUGCACUGCAAAGGCGGUGGUGGUGGUCGCCAUUUUGUGAUUUUGUAUUGAAUGUUGGUGGGGUACUCGCGCAUGGAUUGAGCAUCUUUGGAUAGAUAUACUGCUGGAGAUACAUGCUAAGCACAACUGAAGAUGACGUCGUAUCUGUAUAUUGGACUGCUUCACCUUGGGGUGACCCUUGUCAUGCUUGUGGUACAUUUAGUUGAUGGUUUACCAACAUGUACUGACGAUGAUGGAAAGCCCCAAUUUUUUGACGGUACCCAGUGCAAAACAUGUCCGUCAUGCAGCAGUGGCUAUGGUCUUUCAGAGAUAUGUGGCAAAGGUCAGGGUUUGACUGCAGUCUGUAGGGUCUGUUCAGAUGGCCGCUUCUCUGAUGAUGAUUCUAUGGAGAUGUGUAGAUCAUGUCGCAUCUGCUCCAACACAAUGGAGGAUGCUGUACCUUGUACAGCAACAACGGACCGCAAGUGUGGCCAGUGCAAGUGUGGCUAUUUUCGUUACAAAGAGCGAGAUGAUCAUUGUGCAAAAUGUGCCGAAGAGAACAGCAGAGAUCUCUAUGAAGAAUGCUCGCUCCUAUGUCCAAGUCCUACUCCAUCUUUUCAAGAACCACCAGUCAUUGAUGUCACUACUGAAGAACCUAUUACAACUUCGACGACAUCUUUGGAUCCACUGGUCAUAGUUGGGAUUGUUGUGCUGUUAAUCUUUCUAUUAGUCAUCGCAGUGGUUGCUCUGGUCUUGUGUUUACCCCAAAAAAGUGUGCGCCGGUGUUUUGAUUUCUGUGGGCAUCGAUACAAGCCUGUUCCAAAUAAGAAGAACGAUUGUAAUAGCUGCCCAAACGAGGAAGCCAAGCUGACACCUAUAUGCGAUCCUGAAGUUACAAUAGAGAUAAAUCCACCAGAAGAUGAAGUGAAUGAUUCUAAUGGCACCUCAACGGAGGAAGAAUCUGACAACACUGACACACCUCCAGGGGAUAAACCUUGUGAAGUUACAAUAACAGAUCAACUUGAAUAUGAGGUACAUGAGGAACCUCCGCAGAAUGGAUCUGGCAGCACUAACACAACAGAAAACCCUCCAAUAAGAUGUCAUGGGGAGGUUGAAAUUGACCCCUCAAAAGUGGACGUCGCGCGACAGGGAGCCACACCCUUUGUGGACCAGGAAGGGGAGUUAUUACCAACCCAAGAGAGCCAAGAAGGUCUUGCAACUGCGUCAGGCAGUAUAGACUCUAGUGAAGGUCAUGGAAACUCUGAGGGAGACUCCAACAGUCAUGUUGACUCCCACUCACAGGGAUCAAGACAGGAAGGGGAGUUAUUACCAACCCAAGAGAGCCAAGAAGGUCUUGCAACUGCGUCAGGCAGUAUAGACUCUAGUGAAGGUCAUGGAAACUCUGAGGGAGACUCCAACAGUCAUGUUGACUCCCACUCACAGGGAUCAAGACAUUCUGACCCUCAGAUAGCUGAAUUUCAGGAUGCUGAAUUUGACAGUAAACUCAAACAGGCUCUCGUUGCGGCUAAAGCUACCUAUGUGGAUUCCAUGCACUGGAAAGUAAUGGCCUUUCUGAACAGCAUGUUGGAUGAAAAACCGGAGCAUAUGAAGACUUCUGACAAGUUUCACUACGGGAAGUUGGCUGAGCUUUUUCGCUUCAGCGAUGACGAAAUACGUCAAAUGAAAAAUGCUGAGGAUGUUUUGAUUUGGGUUGCUGCUACAAGAGAGAAACCGUUCACUGUUGCAGAUCUUCUUGACAGGCUUGCACAAAGCGGAAAGUGCUAUGAUGUUGUAAGGAAGCUUGUGAACCAAAUUGUCCCAGAUUUUGAAUUUGACGGAAAUCUUGAACAGGCUCGUUUUGCGACUGAAGAUAUCGAGUUGGCGUCCAUGCACCGAGAUGAUAUAGACUUGCUGAACCAUAAGUUGCAUGAAAGACCUGAGAUUGUGGAUAAUUCUAAGAGGUUUCACUAUGGCAAGAUGGCUGAGCUUUUUGGCUUCAGGGGUGAUGAAAUACGUCACAUGACAACUGCUGAGGAUGUUUUUGAUAAAGUUGCUGCUACAAGAAAGGCACAAUUCACCGUUGCAGAUCUUCUUGACAAGCUUGCACAAAGCGGAAAAUGCUAUGAUGUUGUUAGGGAGCUUGUGGACCAAAUUCUUAAAAGGCAAUUAGAAUAAAACUAAAUUAUACUUGAUGGGUUUAUAGUUUUUGUGUUAUAAAGCAGUUCUGGUACAAUUUGAUUGAAUCCAUGUCCAUCCUUUGAAAAUGUAUUCACUUUGUACAUUAAAAAUGUAUUCACUUUGUACGUUUUCUUAUGUGACCAUUGCUUAAAAAACCUUUCACUCUUUAAAGGGUCUGUAAAACUUUUUAAUGACUCUGAAAAUGAAAGUCAACCAAAACUGUUGUGGUAUGAGGUACAUUAGCGUUGAGUGGUUUAAUGCAUUUUGAGAAACAUUUCACUUCGAAGACGGUUACAGAAAAAAUGUAUGACCUUUUAUCCAACAAAAUAAGUGUUUAUUCCGAUCAGGGAUUGGACAUAUUCAAAAACGCGACCAAAUUUUUAUGGGUUAAUUUUAUUGUAUGUAUCUACAUUUAUAUAUGAUUGACAAAUGUGUUGGGUUUCGAAAACCAAACGUAUACAGGCUGGGUUCAGUUUCACAAAGAUGGUCCUACCUUGGGACUAGUACUAUGAGUAACUAAAAACCUAAGGCUUGUCCUAAUUUAGGACGAGUAACUCGAGGUAAGACUAGUCUUAACUCUUUGUUAAUAUCCACCCAAACAUAAUGCAUGUUUUAAUAGGAACAUGAGCU